AAUAGUACACAAUUUGCAUAAGUAGGGAUGGGUUUUAAGAUAGACCACGCCCUGCUUUUUGCAUCAUCAACUCAACUACUGCAGCCCCUACAUCUGCUUUCAUAUUUCAGAAGCAGACGACUCAAAUCUCUCAGACCAGCAAGACAAAAGCCUCAGAAGGUUGUACCCUACCCCUUGCCUAGCAACAACUGGGAUUAGCUCCAACCCCACCCUGUGAUUGGAAAAAGCAAAGUAUUACACCAACACCACUUCAGAGGAAUGGACAAAAAAAGAAAUAUAAUGAUAUUCUGUCUGCUUAUGGCAGCUACAUGCUGCCCUGUGUUUAGUGCAGAGUGGAAGGCCACUGUUGUAAAACAGCUUAAGGCCCUGGUUUCUUCCUGUGUUGUGGUUCCCUGUUCGUUCACCCAUCCUGGAGGAGAGCUGCCUGCUUCCAAACUCAGAGCCAUUUGGCAUCGUUUGGACGUAAAGACGCAAAAUAUAUACCAUGAGGAUCCUACAAAGAUCUUGGACAGUUUUAAGGGCAGAACCCAGCUCUUAGGAAAGCUGGGUCAGGGCAACUGCACCCUAGAAAUAAUUGAAAUUAAAGAUCAUGACAACGGCCCUUUUUGUUUCCGGAUUGAACUAGUGCUGACACCUGAUGACCCACCCACUAAAGAGAAGGUCUCCUUUGUUGAAGAUUGUGUUGAUUUAAAAAUGCACCAUGAUGACGUAAAACCUGAACUGCAUCAACUGAAGACACCUGUUCAAGGAAAACCUUUUACUAUCACCUGUUCAGUCCAUCAUACCUGCCCCUCACACAAACCUGAACUCUCAUGGAGUCGGGGAAAAGCAGAUGAGAUCAGUAAGAUUCAAACAAACAUGGAUUUUGGUAACUGGAAGUCAGAGUCCAUCCUGACGUUCAUUCCUGAGGAGAAGGAUGACCACACUAAUCUCACCUGCACAGCUGCAUUUAAUGGAGGAUUGAAAUCCUCCACAACCAUCACUCUCUAUGUAAAACGCACAGAAAACUAUAAUCACAUAAUCAUUCCUGUAACAGUGGCAGUUGGUACUGCUACGAUCUUUGGACUUCUCUGCAUUUUUAUGGUGAAAAAAUACAAGAGGCGCAUUGCAGAGCUGCAGAGUCGAGAUGGCAGGAGACCAAAAGGGGACAUAGUGGAAUUUGGUAACAGACAGCUGAAGUCCUGCAAUUACAGAGGGGACCUUGAUGACGGUGACGACUUUAUGAAUACUGCAGAUUUAAAUGUCUAUAAAACAUAUCAGAAAGUUUCAGAGAAAGUUUAUGAUCAACACAAACAACAAGCCUACUCUUAUCAUGCUCGCAAUCACUUGUGAUCAGCUGCCUUCAUUCAAAGAUAAUAACAAGGCAAAAAAUAAUACCUGUGCUAUACUACCAAGGGUUAGCCUACAGUUAUACUUAAAAUGAUUAAUAUGUGACAAUCCCUUGUUAUAUCUUUUCACAGAAGUAACCUCCUAUGUUAAGCCAUUAUUAAAUCCCAAAAUUCAUAUUUUGUGUUCUGAUUUUUUUUAUAUAUAUAAAAAUUCUGUCUGCUGUUAUUUGCAUAAAAUUAAAUACUUAUUUGAAAGUA